AUGGAUGUGCCUAAUUCCUGGGUAAAAGAGUUCAUAGGGGAGCAUCAACUAUCAAAGUGGAGAAGGUCCUUGUCACGCACAUUAGCAGAUUCUGGGUGCCUGAGGGAAUCUCAGAAUACAGCUGGAAACAGUGAAAGUGAUGGCCAAGAAGCGGUGAGGAAAAUAAAAGAAGAAACUUUGACUGGAAAAGUGGAGUUUUUAUACUGUGAUUUGGCUUCUAUGAAGUCUAUACGGCAAUUUGUGCAGCAGUUUAGAGCAAAGAAUUGUCCACUCCAUGUCCUGGUGAAUAAUGCUGGGGUGAUGCUGGUCCCUGAAAGGAAGACGGAGGAUGGGUUUGAGGAGCACUUCGGCUUGAACUACUUGGGACACUUCCUGUUGACUAACCUCCUCUUGGAUACGCUGAAGCAAUCAGGAACGCACAGUCACAACGCUAGGAUCGUCACUGUCUCAUCAGCCACCCAUUAUGUAGGCAAAUUGCACCUAGACGACUUACAAAGCAGAUGUUCGUAUUCACCCCAUGGAGCCUAUGCCCAAAGCAAACUUGCCCUUGUGUUAUUUACCUAUCGACUACAGCAUCUUCUGACUGCAAAUGGAAGCCAUGUGACUGCUAAUGUAGUAGACCCUGGAGUAGUGAAUACUGAGCUCUACAAGCAUGUCUUUUGGGUUGUGAAAGUGGUCAAAUGGAUGACAGCCUGGCUAUUUUUCAAGACCCCAGAGGAAGGAGCCUCUACAACCAUCUAUGCAGCAGUAUCGCCCGAGAUGGAAGGAGCUGGUGGCUGCUACCUUUACAAUGAGGAAAGGACAAAAUCGGCUGAUGUAGCAUAUGAUGAGGAGCUGCAGAGAGUGCUCUGGACAGAAAGCUGCAAGAUGGUUGGGAUUUCUGAUGAAGCCAACAGGCUUCUCUAGAAGAAGCCACUUUCAGCUGGG